AUGCCAACAUUUACCACAUUCCUUCUAGACACUGAGCUCGAAACUGUUCAACAAGCUUUAGAACUAGCUUUGGAUCGUGCAGAGUAUAUUAUUGAAAGUGCCCGACAGAGACCUCCUAAAAGGAAAUACUUACCUGGUGGAAGGAAAUCUAUAUUUCAAAAACUUUAUGAUUUAUAUACUGAAGAAUGUGAGAAAGAGCCAGAGGUUAAGAUGCAAGAGACGUUGUCAUGUCUUGUGGUCAACCUAUACCCAGGAAAUGAGGGAUAUUCUCUGAUGCUCAGGGGGAAAAAUGGAUCAGAUUCUGAGACCAUUCGAUUGCCUUACGAAGAAGGGGAAUUGCUUGAAUAUUUGGAUGCAGAAGAAUUACCUCCUAUUUUGGUUGAUCUCCUGGAAAAAUCUCAGGUUAAUAUUUUCCAUUGUGGAUGUGUCAUAGCAGAAAUACGUGACUACAGGCAGUCUGGUAACAUGAAAUCUCCUGGUUACCAAAGUAGACAUAUUCUUUUACGCCCGACAAUGCAGACUUUAAUCUGUGAUGUACAUUCAAUAACAAGUGAUAACCAUAAAUGGACCCAGGAAGACAAACUUUUACUUGAGAGCCAGCUGAUCUUGGCAACGGCUGAACCACUGUGUCUUGACCCUUCUGUGUCCGUAGCCUGCACUACAAACAGACUGCUUUAUAACAAGCAGAAGAUGAACACACGGCCAAUGAAACGGUGUUUCAAGAAGUAUUCUAGAUCCUCUCUGAAUCGGCAGCAGGACCUGUCUCACUGUUCACUUCCUCCUCAGUUAAGAUUACUUGAUUUCUUACAAAAAAGAAAAGAAAGAAAAGCAGGUCAGCAUUAUGACCUCAAAAUCUCCAAAGCAGGAAAUUGUGUAGAUAUGUGGAAACGGAACACCUGUAAUUUGGCUGUACCCUCUGAAGUAGAUGUAGAAAAAUAUGCUAAAGUGGAAAAAUCUAUCAAAUCUGAUGACUCACAACCAACAAUAUGGCCAGCCCAUGAUGUAAAAGAUGAAUAUGUAUUUGAAUGUGAAGGUGGUAAUCAGUAUCAGAAAACAAAAUUGACCAUUAUGCAGUCACUUGGUGAUCCACUGUACUAUGGUAAAAUACAGCCAUGUAAAGAUGAUGAGGAAGGCGAUAGCCAGAUGUCUUCAUCCCACUCCUCUACAGAUGAUCAUUCAAAUUGGUUCAUUAUUGGAUCAAAGACUGAUGCUCAGAGAAUAGUCAAUCAGUACCAGGAUUUGGUCCAGAAUGAAGCCAAAUGUCCAGUUAAAAUGUCACACACGUCCAGUGGCUCAGCCACUCUGAGUCAGCAUUCUCCAGGAAAAGAAUCAGAAUCUGAGACUGUGUCCGUUCAGUCAUCAGUGUUGGGGAAGGGAGUGAAGCAUCGGCCUCCACCCAUCAAACUUCCCUCAAGCUCAGGAACUAGUUCCUCAGGUAAUUAUUUCACCCCACAACAAGCAAGCAGUUUUCUCAAGUCUCCAACGCCUCCUCCUGCUUCUAAGCCCCCGAGUCUGUCUCGGAAGUCGUCUGUGGAUCUCAGCCAAGUUAGCAUGCUUUCUCCAGCUGCCUUGUCACCUGCUAGCUCAUCACAAAGAACCUCCGCUACCCAAGUCAUGGCAAAUUCCGCUGGCCUUAACUUCAUCAAUGUAGUGGGCUCUGUUUGUGGAGCCCAGGCUUUGAUGAGUGGUUCAAACUCCAUGCUGGGCUGUAACACUGGUGCCGUAACUCCUGCAGGAAUAAAUCUGAGUGGCCUUCUUCCCUCAGGAGGUCUGCUGCCCAGUGCACUGCCAGGUGCUCUGCCAACUUCGCAAGCAGGUGUUCCGUUUGGUUUAAAAAAUACGUCAAGUCUCAGGCCAUUAAAUCUACUCCAGCUCUCCAGCGGCUCACUCAUCUUUAACCCUCUGCAGCAGCAGCAGCAGCUCUCUCCGUUCACUCCGCAGUCACCUCAGCAGCCCACCGCUUCCAGUCAUGCGCAGCCGCAACCGGGGGAGCAGGGUCCUGAACAAGGUUCAGCCAGUCAAGAACAGGCCUUAUCUGCUCAACAAGCUGCUGUUAUCAACCUUAGUGGAGUAGGGGGCUUCAUGCAGUCCCAGGCAGCUGUGUUGUCUCAGCUUGGCUCUGCCGACAACAGACCAGAGCAAAGCCUUCCUCAGCAGAGACUCCAGCUCUCUUCUACCUUUCAAGAGCAGCAGCAACAGAUCCAACAGUUGCGAUUCUUGCAGCAUCAAAUGGCUAUGGCAGCAGCGGCGGCACAAACAGCUCAGCUCCAUCAUCGUCGGCAUUCAGGCAGCCAGUCAAAAAGUAAGAUGAAGAGAGGCACGCCAACCACUCCAAAAUUCUGA